AUGAAGUGCGGCCAUUGCGGGACUAACGAGAUAGACUAUGAUGCUGCUGCUGGACAUAGUUUCUGUACCAAGUGUGGAUAUGUGGUUAUUGAAAAUACCAUAGUAUCUGAAGUAACAUUUGCCGAGUCGGCUACUGGAGCAGCUGUUCUGCAAGGCUCUUUUGUGGGACCGGACCAAAGAAGACCCCGAACAUCAGGUCCGUUCCGCAGACAUGGCUCACAAGAAUCGCGAGAACAGUCAAUACAGAAUGGGCGAAGAAAGAUCCAACAACUAGGUAGUGCUCUUAAAUUGUCAGAACAUCAUAUGGACGCAGCACAGAGGUAUUUCAAUCUUGCCAUCACAAAUAAUUUCAUCCAAGGACGCAAAACAGUUCAUGUGGUCGCCGCCUGUCUAUAUAUUGUCUGCCGUAUAGAAAAGACAAGCCAUAUGCUGAUUGACUUCUCUGAUAUAUUGCAGGUCAAUGUGUUCACACUGGGUUCAACCUUUCUCAAGCUAGUCCGAGAACUCUGUUUAAUCCUUCCGCUCGUAGAUCCCUCGUUGUAUAUUACACGCUUUGCAUCGAUGCUAGAGUUUGGAGAAGAAACUCAAAAAGUCGCGUCUGAUGCUCUACGAUUGGUACAGCGUAUGGAUCGGGAUUGGAUGCAAACAGGCCGCAGACCUGCUGGCAUUUGUGGGGCAUGCCUGCUUAUUGCGGCUCGGAUGAACAAUUUCAGAAGAAGCGUGAGGGAGGUGAUUACAGUUGUUAAGAUUGCCGACGUGACGAUAAAGAGAAGGUUAGAAGAGUUUAGGAAUACACCGUCGGGACAAUUGACAGUACAACAGUUUAAGACAAUGUGGCUGGAACAAGCAUGUGAUCCGCCAGCUUUUACUAGAGCCAGGCAACAGGCAAAAGAGGAAGAGCGUAUGUUUGGUAGAGGGAGAGGUUUGGGGGGUGCAAGGAGCGAGAGGAGUGAGAAGGCCGGAGAGAAUGAAGCAGUCGAAGAUGGAAUUGAAGCUGAUGAGGGGGGUGAAGCAGUUGAUGGGGAAAGUGAAUCGGGCCUGGUAUCAAACGAUGGUCAACUGGUUACGGAAGAAGAGCAAGUAGAAAGCGCUGUGGAUGAUACUAAUAUAGACGCGCACAAUGCGCCAAAAGGACAUACUGGAGAUGCAACUAUAGACACUGGUUUAAGUAGCGAUGAUGAUGACGCUCGCAUCUUGACUAUAGAGGAGGCUGAAAGUAUAGUUGAUCAAGAACUAGAGGAUGAAGUAAAUAGAUAUCUUCAUGAUGACCUAUUACAAUCAGUAUCUUUAACUCUUGAUGCCAGCGAAGCCGCCACUCGUCGGGCGCUCGAAGAUAGUACUGAAUUGGGCUCUGAUUUGGACGAUGAUGAAGUGAAUGAUUGUCUAUUGACUGCUGACGAAGUUAAAAUAAAGACCCAAGUGUGGAUGCAAGAUAAUGAGGAGUAUCUAAAGGAAAUGGAAGCUAAACGAAAAAAGCAAGAAAUGGAUAGACAAAACGGGAUAGGCACAACUCGAAGGCGUCGACGAAUGAAGAAAGAUAAGCCCGGAGAGUUACCUCCAUCAACGACUCCAGCUGAAGCAGCCAGACGUCUUCUCGAAUCGAAAAGAGCAUCCAAGAAAAUUAGAUACGAGGUUUUAGAAUCUUUGUUUGAUAACAAUUUCAUGGCUGGUGCGACUGUUGCAUACGCUGCGUCGCCGACACCAUCUUGGCGUGAUUAUGAUGCUUCAAGCGUAAGUGGGGCAGGGUUAAGAACAAGACCCUCUUCACCAGGCAGUCAAGCUGAAGAGGACGAGUUUUCAGCCAAUGCAAGGAAACAGCUUGGUUGGGCACAGGAUGAUGACGAUGAAUAUGCUGACCCGUGGGAUGAGUACAACGAAGAUGAUUAG